UGAAAUUUGGGUCAAUUCUAUUUUGAAAUGUAUAAUACCAAAUGAUCACCGUUAUGUCUCCUUGGCAACUCAUAUGUAUAGUACACCUAUAUAUAAGAAUGUUCACUUCUUAUCUACCUUUGAUCAUAAAAGUGAUUCAAAAACUCUUGUGAUUAUGAACACUCUCUCCCAAGUUUAUGAUGAUGACAUUACCAUCUCUCACAAUAUCAUCCCUCUUGACUUUGAAUCAAUCGAUGGGGUCCCGGAUUCCCAUCUAUGGUCUCAGUCCGAUGAAUCACCUCAAAGGAUUCAAACCAACAACCCUCGUGAUUCAUUGAUUCCAGUUAUUGACCUCUCCAAUCCUUGUGCAAUAGAUCUCAUUGGUCAAGCAUGUAAAACUUGGGGCAUGUUUCAAGUCAUUAACCAUGGAGUACCCUUAGAGUUGGUCAAAAAGGUCGAGUUUGAAGCACGGAGGCUUUUUGCUCUCACGACUCACGAAAAGCGCAAAGUGUUGAGAUCACCGACAGGAGCAACGGGCUAUGGUUUGCCUAGGAUAUCGCCCUUCUUCGCGAAGUGUAUGUGGCAUGAAGGAUUCACCAUCAUGGGUUCUUGUGUUGAUGAUGCUAAGGUUCUUUGGCCACAUGAUUACCAAAGAUUUUGUGACACCAUGGAUGAUUACCAAAACCAAAUGAAACUACUUGCCCACAAACUCUUACUUCUAAGCCUUCAAACAUUAGAUGUAACACAAGAAGAAAUAAAUUGGGCAACUUCAACUCAUGGCUCUAAUGGUUUAGAGAUCUUUGUUGAAGGGUUAGGGUGGAGUCCUGUGUCUCCCAUUGAAGGUGCAUUUGUGGUGAAUGUAGGUGACCUUUUGCAUAUAUUCUCUAAUGCAAAAUUUCCAGUUGUUUAUCAUCGAGCUAUGGUGAAUCAAUCAAAGCACAGAAUAUCGGUUGCUUACUUUUAUGGACCUCCGAUUGAGUCUACAUUGGCUCCUUUGUCUAAUUAUCAAGACCCCGUGUUUCAGAUCUUUGCUUGUGAAAGAGUAUAUAAGAUUGAAAGCCACACAUAA